GAAAACGGAAUACUUCACGUUGAAGUACCUAUAAAUCCGGACACAGUUCAUUUAAAGAUCAAGGCAGUAUUUCUGGACAGUUCAAAUUCAAUUGAUGUUCAUGAUUUAUUUAAUUCGCCAAAUAAAGUAUAUCUGCAGGUCCAAAAUGAAAACCAGGAAGUUAAGGUCGGCAUUCCAUUUAAUCUGGAUGUAAAGAGCAACAUCCAUCUGGAUGAAAUAAAAUAUCUGGUUAUUUCCCGAGGUCAGAUAGUACAUGUCGGUAAGGAGAAUGCUAUGUCACUAACACUGAAUCCACAGAGCUCAUGGACUCCAGAGGCAUGUUUAGUUGUUUACACAACGUUGGGUGACAGCACAGUUGUUAAUGAUGUUACUACUCUCUCUGUUCAUCCUAACUUUGAAAAUAAGAUUUUUGUUUCUUGGAACAAAGAGAAAGCAAGCCCAUCAGACAGUGUAACACUAAAGAUCAACGUGACUGAGUCUAAUUCUUUGGUUGGCCUUUCAGUUGUGGACAAAAGUGUGAAGUUGCUUGGAGACAGACAAGAAAUUACUACAAAACGAAUUUCAGAAGAUUUGAGAGAUUACAGCACAAUUCAACCAAGACGUAUCACUAAUCCACAUCAAGUCUUUGAGAGAUGUAAUAUUGGUGUGCUCACUGAUGCCAUCAUUGAAACGGAAGAUGCAUAUGAUGUAUUGCUUAAAGUAUAUUAUGACACAACAGAGGACUUCCUGCCAACAUGGCAUUCUGCUGAUUUUGGUGGACCACGUGUAAGAUCUUAUUUUCCUGAGGCAUGGAUCUGGAAGAAUAUUAAUAUGGGAAGUGAUACAGAACUGGAGAUAAGUACUGUCCUACCUGAUACCAUCACUACUUGGAUAACAAAUGCAUUUGUAAUUUCUGAGAAUUUG